GCUUUUCCCAUUUCUCGCAGCAUUGGUACUUUUUCUUGUUUCGUUUGUUUUGUUUUUUUAGGUGGUGGGUGUGGGCGCGAUCCGGCCUUAUCUCUCUGCUUUGUCUCGCCUGCGCCGGCCUUGCCUGGAAGAUCCCUCUUCUCGCCCUUUAUUCUGCUCUACAUACGCUCCCACGUGCAUGGUUUACCGUUGGUCACUGCGCCCGUAGCUCUUGUGCGUAAAAACAGCUUGAGACCUUCGUUCGCUCUCGCGAUUGCUGCGUUGGUGUCGCUCGCUUUACUUAUUCGAGUGCCGAAAAAAAACAAGAGAGAUGCUAGCUCUCGCGUUGCUCGUGGCUUUUGCAAGCUGCUUCUACGCUGUCAUCGCGCAAGAAGCAGCAGGCUUCGAUGCGAGCUACCAGGAGCCAUGGGUUCUCAACGUCAGUGUCGGCGGUAUGUUUGACGAGAUGCCUUUUUGCUCUCGGGUGUGUUCUCUAGCUGUGCUCGAGUCGACCGGGUGCCAUCCUCUAGACACUGCAUGCUUCUGCGCCACUCCCACCAUGGCUCCAGGCAUUGAGUCGUGCCUAAGUUGGUUCUGUCCUGUACUUGCUUAUUACGAAGGAAGUUCCUUGUACCACACGACAUGCAAUACUGGCAUCCGGAAUUCGUCCGCGCCUCUAGUAAGCACUGUGACGGCUGUCGCCACCAUUGCUUUUGUAGCAGUCACCCUAAGAUUCCUGACACGCAUACCCCCGCUCUCCAUCAAAUGGGGUGCAGACGACUGGCUAGUCCUGGCCAUGGUGCCAAUCGCAGCCUUCUUCCUCGCCAGCAUCCUCAAGGCUGUAGACCUUGGCUUCGGCCAAGACAUCUACAUGCUUACACCUCGGGAUGUCGCAGAAAUGACAAAGUACUACCAUUUCGAAGAGCUGGGAUACGUACUCCUGACCUUUCUGACCAAGAUGACCGUCUUGACGUUCUACCUGCGCAUUUUCCCCAUUGGCAAGAUCCGUCAGGUCGUCUAUGCAUUCAUCGCUAUGUGCACAUGCCUGCUUAUCUCCAUCUUUCUGGCCCACUUUCUGCAAUGCGUACCCAUCUCCUUUAUCUGGGAACAGUGGGAGGGCACCCUGGUCCCCAAGCCAAAGCACGUUGUGUGCGGCGUUAACCGCGACAACCUCAAUUUUGUCUUUGGCAUCACAAACGUCAUCAUGGAUGGCAGUAUUAUGGUGCUACCGAUUCCGCGCGUGCUCAAGCUGGAUCUGCGCUGGCAGAAGAAGAUUGCCGUGCUGUUUGUCUUUUGCAUUGGUUUCCUAAUCACCGGUAUAGCGAUUGCGCGCAUCUCGAUCCUGCUAAACGGGAGCUACACCAACAACACGUCAUGGAACCUCGUCCCCGUCGUAAAAUGGUCCGCCAUAGAAAUCUUCCUUAGCAUCGCAAUCACGUGUUUCCCGCAGAUGCACGUGCUGGCUAAAGCCCUGCUGGGCACUUGCAUCAAGUUCGACACGGCUACCAACAACCGCCCUGGCAAGCUGAGCUACGGCGUCUCGUCCUCGAUGCACACGGGCGUGUCGCAUUCGAAGAAGCAGCCAGAGGUCUUGUAUGAGAAUCUGGAGUUGGGCUUCAAGUAAAGUAAGUGGCCCCUUAUAUAUCUGUAUGUCUGCAUGUGCGGGGCAAGCGAGAG